AUGGAGGACGACAUGGCAAGCCACUACCAGAUGAUGGAGGAGCUGGGCAGCGGGAGCUUCGGGACGGUGUACAAAGCCAUUGACAAAGCUACGGGCGAGAUCGUAGCGAUCAAGCAUAUCGAUCUCGAGUCAAGUGAAGAUGAUAUCCAGGAAAUUCAACAGGAGAUCUCGGUGCUAGCUACUUGCGCCAGUCCGUUCGUCACGCAGUACAAGGCCAGCUUUCUUCGAGGCCAUAAGCUGUGGAUUGUCAUGGAGUUUCUUGGUGGAGGAUCGUGUUUGGAUUUGCUCAAACCCGGAGUUUUCAACGAAGCACACGUCGCCAUUAUCUGUCAACAACUGCUCCUCGGACUCGACUACCUACACAGCGAAGGCAAGAUCCAUCGUGAUAUCAAAGCGGCAAAUGUCCUCUUGUCGCAUACGGGCAAAGUGAAGCUAGCGGACUUCGGAGUCGCAGCGCAGCUGAUCAACAUCAAGUCUCAACGCAACACAUUUGUCGGAACACCUUUCUGGAUGGCACCCGAAGUGAUUCAACAGGCUGGAUAUGACUAUAAGGCGGAUAUUUGGUCGCUCGGUAUCACGGCGAUCGAAAUGAUUAACGGCGAGCCACCCCAUGCGAGCACCCAUCCGAUGAAGGUGCUCUUCUUGAUUCCCAAGGAGCCCGCCCCGCGCUUACAGGGAGAUCAGUACAGCAACACUUUCAAGGAUUUCAUCGCACAGUGUUUGACCAAGGACCCUGAUCGGAGACCGAGUGCAAAGGAGCUCUUGCGACACAAGUUCAUCCGCAAUGCAGGGAAGACGGAGGCGUUGCAAGAGUUGAUUCACCGCAAGCAGGACUUCGAUGCUGGAAGAGGAGUGACCCACAAGAUUAAGUACUAUGCGGAGUCUUUGAAUACGAUUCGAAAUCUGAACGACGAUGACGGCUGGAUCUUCGAUACUGUGAAAGCUUCUACAAUGGCCAUACGCGAGGUAGAAGUUGACGACGAGAAUGAACCGGAGCCACAGGAGGACUGGGUCUUUGACGAGACUUCCGACAUGAUGGAAGACCUCUAUGUGUCCAGCCCGCUAUCGAAGCAUACGACUAACACAGCCGUGCGACGAGUCCAAGCGCCCGACCACAGCCCAUCGAUACGACGCGCCAAGCGACGGUCAAGUGGCGUGAAGCAGCCUCUCGGUGUGGAUAUGAGUUUCGGCAACAGUCCAUCGACGGUGCGUCAGUUCCGUCGGGUGUCGGAUAACAAGAGUCCCAGCGACGCCUCGUACCCGCCGCAGUACCUGUUUGGAGGGGACGAAAAUGCGAGCCCGAAGACCUUGUUCUCCGAGCCGAACAGCAAAGAAGCGCAACUGGGGCGUCGGGCGUACAGCAAGGCGGUUGGUCUCGCCUGCCAGGAGGUGCUUGGUACCACGGGUGACCAGGAAAAGCGAGAAGCCAUCUCACGACUCGCGGAGGCCUGGAGCGAUCUGGAGAUGAUCGACCCUGAAGGCCUGUAUCAUAUCCUGAAGGCAACGACGGAGAAACUACAAAGUGACCAUAAGCUGGCCAGUCUCGUCCCACCCGCGACUCCACCGCCCGAUUCCCCACAGAGGCCGCGACUGGUUCUGGCGCAGAGUAAUCCACACCUGAAAUCCCACCGCCGCCGCCAGAGCGCCGCCGUGGCCGAACCUAGCCUGCAGCCCACACAGCUGGCGAACCUCCCCGGGCAACAGGUGCCGGGUAUGGAACACACAAAGCAGCUGUCGGAUGUACUCUAUCAGCGCUGGUCUGAAGGCCUCCGCAAUCGCUGGCCUGGAAUCUAG